UAAAACAUUUUCGGCAUUUCUAGCCGACGCAACCAUUGUUAUUUAAAUUUUCGGUAGUAUUUUUCAACCUCCCUUUCUUUAAUGUCAAAAUAUUCGCUAUUUUAGAUUUCUGCGGGGAUGUCACACAGGCAACUUUUAAGCUGCGCAUUACAACAACUCCAUUCCGGAGUUUUACUGCGUCAAGUGCAUGUAACCAAUACUACAAAUUGUAACUCAAUACUUAAACCACGACGCUUGCAAUAUGGCGAAUUUUUGAAUGAUAUAAAGGAGCCUUGGCCACAUGCAUUACCAAACAAGCAUAUCUUCCCACAUCCACCGUUGCCUGAUGUAAAUCCCCCACAUAAGAGACCAGCACCAUUCCCAAAUGAACCGAUUCAACCUCAACCAAGAGGGUGGGGAGAAUAUUGGUACAAAGGUGAACCAUGGCGUCGUCCAUUUCCACGUUAAUAUAUGAAGGAAGCUGCAUUUAACAAUGAAGAAAGCGACAACUGCCUUUACGUGUGAUAUCAAUCAAUCAUAUGUAUUUAUACAUUCUUGUAGAAUUGUUUCAUUAAAAAAUAUUGCAAACAAUA